AUGGAACUUGUCGAAAACUUUAAAACUGAAGAGGAGCUGAAAACAGUAUGGUCUAAAGAAUAUCAGGAUAUAAUCAUCGAAAGUCGAGAGCAUGGGAUUGAUGACGUUGAAUUUGAAUUUCACAAGCAACAGCAGCUAUACACAAAAUAUUCAAAAAAUUACGAUACAGUUUUACGUAUAACAAAAGUGUUCGCGCCAUACAAGCUUGCUGAGAAGAUCAACGAAUUGUAUGAAGAUAGGAAAGAGAUAAAAAUAUUGGAUUUUGGAUGUGGAACUGGGCCGGUCGCAGAUAACUUAAAAACAUUUGGUUUCACUGACAUUGAUGGAGCAGAUUGUAACCAAGAUUUGUUGGACAUGGCGCGAGAAAAGAAUGUGAUGAAAAAACUGUUCGUUGGUAGAGGAGUGGAAGGGCUGCUUGACAUUCCUUCAGAUACGUAUGAUGUUGUGUGUGCCACUGGUGUGUUUUUUGGUGCUGUUUCAUAUCCUGGCACUGAAUGUUUUGAAGAAAUUUGUAGAAUUAUCAAGAGCGGUGGCCAGUUAAUUAUUCUAGCAAAACACAGUUAUUUGACCGAAUCUUAUAUAGAUUUUGAUAGGAUUAAGGAAUUGGAAGAAGACGGUAUUCUAAAGUCAUUACCCUAUGAGUUUUAUAACGGCUAUAGAACUCGUUAUGAAUGUGAAUCGGACACAAAAAAUCCUUUCAAGGACAAAAUUUUACUGUAA